AUGACGCUAAACGGCGAUGAUGCAUAUGACAUCACAAGGAGCUAUGAAGACGAGAGCGAAUAUACCGACGAGAGCGACGAGAGCGACGAGAGCGAGGAGCUCUUGGCCGACCUAACACUAGCUAGCAACUGGGAUGCAAAGAGAGCAACCCAGUGGAAUACUACUGAGGACCCCGAAAUCAUCGACAACUGCGUGCAUCGCCUGAUUGAACUGCAGACAAAGGCUCGACCGGAUGCGCCAGCUGUGCACGCGUGGGAUGGCCACUUCACGUAUGCCCAGCUUGACAGCGCUGCCAAUAGGCUGGCCCACCAUCUUCUAGAUUCCUUUGCGCUUCAGCCAGACGACCUGGUGCACGUGUGUUUCGAGAAGUCUGUUUGGUUCUUUGUAUCGAUUCUAGCCGUUAACAAAGCAGGCGCUGCCUGGGUUCCUCUUGACCCGUCGCACCCCGAGCAGCGCCAACGGCAGAUAGUUAACCAGACCCGUGCUCAACUAGCUCUCUCCUCCCCGGCCAAUUUUGCUAUCUGCUCGGCGCUGGUUGCCGAUGUCGUCGAGGUGACGCCUGAGCUGGACAUGCGCCUGAAGCAAGAUGGGGAUUUGACUUCAAGUGUGCCAGUCUCUCGCGUCUCACCACACCAUGCGGCCUAUGUUCUGUUCACCUCAGGCAGUACAGGUACCCCGAAGGAGUUUGUGAUGGAACAUAGGUCCGUAUGCACCAGCCAGACAGCCAUCAGCCUCAGGCUGCAGCUUACACCAGAGGUUCGAAUGCUGCAAUUUGCCUCCUUUGUUUUCGAUCUCUCUAUUGGAGAAAUUAUUGCCACUUUAAUUAGCGGCGCCUGUCUCUGUGUUAUUUCUGAAGAUACCCGCAUGAAUGGAGUGGUAGAUUUUAUUAAUAACAUGAAUAUCAGCUGGGCGUUUCUUACGCCCGCAUUCGCCAGGAUCUUGAAGCCCAGCGAUGUACCAAACCUGGAGCUCUUGCUUCUGGCUGGUGAGGCCGUGGGCCGGGAUGUUUUCGAUAUCUGGUUUGGGCAUGUGCGCCUGGUGAAUGGAUGGGGCCCUGCUGAGACGUGUUGCUUCAGUACCCUUCACGAGUGGGAUCGGGAGUCAGCUAGUGAAUCUCCAUCGACCAUCGGCCGCCCCGUGGGAUCCUACUGCUGGCUCGUUGACCUCAAUGAUGCUCAGCGGCUUGUUCCUAUAGGGACUGUGGGCGAGGUUGUCAUCCAGGGCCCAACCAUGCUGCGCGAAUAUCUGGCAAAUCCUGAACAAACUGAAAUGAGUACGGUUAGGAAGCUCCCUGAAUGGGCACCUCGUCGAACAUCACCUUAUUGGAACCGUUUUUAUAAAUCUGGAGACUUGUGCAAAUACAACGCGAACGGUACUCUCGAGUUCAUCAGCCGAAAAGACACCCAGGUUAAGAUCCGUGGUCUAAGGGUGGAGCUUGGGGAGAUUGAGCAUCAUAUCAACUCAAGUCUGGAAGAGGCACGACAAGUGGCUGUCGAUAUCUAUGAGACUCCAAACGGCCCGAGCCUUGCAGCGUAUUUCUGUUUUAAAACUGCCAUGAAAGGGCCCGAUGCUCAAGGUAGUGACGAGGCCGAAGGCUUGUUUAUGCCGAUUACAGAUCAGCUGGAAAGCCGGAUUACUGCCAUGGUUGGCGAGUUGAACAUCAGACUUCCCCGUUACAUGAUCCCAUCACUCUUCAUACCCUGCCGCUACAUGCCGGUCAUCACGUCAACAAAAAUUGACAGAAACAAGCUCCGGAAGUUGACCAGCAGCCUCAGCCAAGGGGAUAUUGCUAUGUACUCACUCAUGGACAAAAAAAAGCAACCCCCAGAGACUCCGAUGGAGCUUAGACUUCAGGAGAUCUGGGCUGAGCUCCUCAAGCUACCAUUAGAUGCGAUAGGCCGUGACGACAGCUUCUUACGCAUCGGCGGUGAUUCGAUUUCUGUCAUUCAAUUAGUAUCCAGGGCACGAUCUGAAGGGCUGAUGGCCCUUGCAGCCAGACAGCCUGGUUCUUAUAUCGCCAAGCAUAUAUACCGACUUCCAAACCAUGUCAAUAUUGACCGUUUCCGAGCAGCAUGGGAGCAAACCAUGCGAGUUUGUGCCAAUCUGCGAACUCGAAUUAUUCUGUAUGACGGUUCCUCCCUCCAGGUCGUUGUCAAGGACGACAUAUCGUGGGAAAACGGAGCAGAUAUGCAAUCGGCACUGAGCGCGACGUGGGACGCGGACAUGGCUUAUGGAUUGCGUCUCUGCCGCUACGCCAUUGCAAAGGAUGAUGGGAAGCACUAUUUCCUGUGGGCCAUCCAUCACACCAUCAACGAUGGAUGGACUAAUCGGUUGGUGUUGGAUACACUGCACCAGGCAUACCAGCAUGCCGAGAUCCCUGCUAUGCAGCCUUACAGCAGCUUCAUACAAUAUGUCACAGACAUGAACCGCGAUGCCGCCAGCGAGUUCUGGAGAUCCCAGCUCCAAGGGGCGCAGCGGGCUAUAUUCCCACCAGAGCAGCGUGUAUCGGCAUCACGCAGCGCCCAGAAAAGCAAAACGCACUCGUUCGCGAGAUCCAUCGCCUUUCCUAGUGCGAAGGAUAGUUCGAUCACGAAGGCGACGAUUCUCCGCGCUGCCUGGGCGUUGGUGCUGGCGCGGUAUUGUGACACUGAUGAUAUAUGUUUCGGCACCAACGUCUCAGGUCGACAUGCACCCAUCCCCGGGGUGGAGAGAAUGCCCGGUGUGGUGGUUGCUACCGUCCCCGUCAGAAUGCGGCUUGACUCUCGGCAGACCGUGUCGAAUUUCCUCCUCGAUGUCCAGAAUCAGGCCUCUGACAUGGUACCCUACGAGCAGUUCGGACUCCAGAAUAUUUCCAAGCUCAGUGAAGAUGCUCAUGAGUACUGCAAUUUCUCUAGCUUGUUCGCCGUCCAGCCGAUUAACCAGAUGAGCGGCACGGGAAGCUCAUCCGACGGCAUUCUGGCCCUGGCAGGAUCGUACGAAGACAGGUCUAAGGAUGCCAUGGACGGAUACUUCAAUUACCCGCUCAUUGUUCAGUGCCAUUCCUACGAGGAAUAUUUUGAUCUCGUCUUCAUCUAUGACUCCGGCGUGCUAGAUGAGCCUCAGCUUCACGCGAUGUGCGAACAUUUCGACCACGUCACGCAGCAGCUGGCGGCGCAGGACGAGAGAAAACUGGGCUCGGUGAGCCUCGCUGGCUCUUGGGAUAGAGAACAGGUUCUCCAAUGGCACCGGGAAGAACCGAAGCUUGUGAAUGCCUGUGUUCACGAAUUAGUGGCAGAGCAAGCCUCGCGGACUCCAGACCACGAGGCGCUUUUUGCAGUGUAUCUAUCCCAGCACGGCGUGAGGCCAGAGUCCCUAGUGCCCAUAUGCUUCGAGAAGUCAAUCUGGACCGUCGUUGCCCAGCUGGCUGUCUGGAAAGCAGGCGGAGCGUUCCUACCGCUUGACCCUGCACAUCCGAAAUCCAGGCGGCAGGCGUUGGUUGCAGAGUCAGGUGCGCGAGUCAUGAUUGUUUCCCCGUCGCAGGCAAUUCCGUGCGCCAGUAUGGCUUCAACUGUCCUCGAGUUGUCACCAAGCCUGAUACUGUCGCAGCUUUCGAAGUCUGAUCGGGCCUUGCAACCGUCCCAUCGACCUAGUCCGAGCAACGCUGCCUACCUCAUAUUCACUUCCGGCUCUACAGGUAAACCAAAGGGUGUCGUUGUUGAGCAUUCAGCGAUAUCCUCCAGCAUCAUGUAUCACGGCAAGGCCUAUCACAUGAGUGAAGAGUCUCGGGUUCUACAAUUCGCCAACUACACCUUCGAUAGAAACCUGAGCGAGAUCAUGACGCCACUGGUAUAUGGAGGUACUGUCUGCGUGCCGUCCGACACAGAGCGGUUGCAGGACCUGCCGGCCUUUGCGAGCCUCCAAGCAGAGACAAUCUCCACUGACGAGGUCCCCACCAAUAUUGGCCGUGCCUUCAACAAUCGUUGCUGGAUCGUUGAUGCUGACAAUCAUCAACGCCUCGCUCCGAUCGGCUGCAUGGGUGAGCUGCUGGUUGAAGGCUACGCCCUGGCUCGAGACUACCUAAACGACGAGGAGAGGUCAAAAGAGCUCUUUGUUGGAGCACCUCAAUGGCUUCCCCCUGCUUCACGAGCUCAACAGCAGCGGAGAUUCUACAAGACAGGGGAUUUGGUCAAGUACAACUUCGAUGGCUCGAUCGACUUCCUGGGAAGGAAGGACACACAAGUAAAGCUCCGAGGACAACGGAUUGAACUUUCUGAGAUCGAGUACAACAUCAAACUGGCCUUGCCAUCCGUGAAGCAUGCGGUUGUAGACAAAUUGCAGCGGAACUCCGGCGAGUUUCUGGUUGCAGUUGUCAGUUUCAUGGAUGAGCAGAAGGCCUUUGGAGAUGGCAGCCCUAAUUCAUGGCUUCAGCCAAUGACCGAGAAUGCAAGAAAAUCUCUUGCCAUGGUUACUGAAGCACUGGAAGCCGCCUUGCCCGCCUACAUGGUACCGUCGUUUUUCGUCCCGGUCCACGAGAUGCCAACUGUCAGCUCGACCAAGAUUGAUCGCAAGAAGAUACGACAGCUCGCGAGCUCUCUCCAGCCGGAACAACUCGAUUCCUUCUCCUUGGAACAGCGGGAAAGAUUCCCACCGUCCGAAGAGAUGGAGUUCCGGCUGCGAGACCUGUGGGCCACCGUUCUCAAGAUGGGCGCCGAAGCGAUUGGAAAGCACGAUAGUUUUCUGAAGAUCGGCGGCGAUUCAAUCUCUGCUAUUCAGCUGGUAGCUUUGGCUCGCGAACACGGUAUCGAACUAUCGGUGACGAAGAUAUUUGAGAGCCCACGGCUAGAUACGAUGGCAGCUAAUGCCAUGAAGCCUGAUAGCACCGCGACGUAUGAGGCAGAGCCUUUCAGCUUGCUCCCUGAAGGUAUCACCGCGGAGCAAGUCAAAAUUCUUGCCCGGACUGCUUGCAAGCUAUCGGAGUCUCAAACCAUAGAGGAUGCAUACCCUUGCACUGGUCUCCAGGAAGGUCUAAUGGCACUGGCAGUUAAGCAGCCUGGCUCUCACGUUGCCAGAUAUCUAUACCGAUUGCCUGGCCAUAUCGACAUUGAGAGGUUCAGGGCUGCAUGGAUCCAAACUGUCGCCAUCUGCAGCAACUUGCGGACAAGAAUCUUCCUCGCAGAUGGCCGUUCCAUCCAGGUUGUCGUCAAAAAUGACAUAACGUGGGAGGAUACGAAUGGCCUGCAUCCAAAAUUAGUCCUCAGCUCUACGGAAGCUGGUCAAAUGCAGUAUGGAUCUCGACUCUGCAGAUAUGCGUUGGCCAAAGACGAAAAUGGCGAGACCUAUUUCAUCUGGGCCACCCACCACGCUAUCUUUGACGGUUGGACGAAUCGUCUGGUCCUGGAUACUUUGCAGCGGAUGUACAACGGCGCCGAAGCGCCGCCUCUACAGCCAUACAAAGGUUUCAUCAAGUACGUGACGGCUCUCCAGAAUCAGUCCACAAGCAGUUAUUGGAAGGCUCAGCUCCAAGGUGCGAAGCCUGCUACAUUCCCGGCUCAGGGCAGCCGCACAUACGGGUCGGGGCGUAACCUGACAGAGGCCAUCCAACUCCCCCGCUUGACCAACAGCUCAAUUACAAAGGCCACAAUUCUGCGUGUGGCUUGGGCAAUGGUCUUGGCCCGGUACUGCGAGACAGACGAUGUCUGUUUCGGCACUACUAUCUCUGGACGACAGGCUCCGGUUCCUGGGGUCGACAAGAUGCCUGGCCCUGUUAUAGCUACCGUUCCAGUGAGGGUUCGCCUGGAUCAGAGGCAAACAGUCUCUGAAUUCUUGUUAAACACUCAGAACCAAGCAUCCGAGAUGAUUGCUUAUGAACAGUACAGCCUCAAGAAUAUCUCUACUGUCAGCCCCGACGCGAAGGGCACCUGUGAUUUCUCCAGCCUCCUUGUUUUACAGCCCUUGGAGAAAAUGAGCGCUGCCAAUGGGUCGUCAUCACAAGGGAUCCUCAUCAGUACCGACUCCGAAGAGGAGCAGGACACUGCUUGGGUAGGAAAUUACUUCACAUAUCCUCUGGUUGUGCAAGCUAUCAUGAUGGAUGAUCGAGUUGACCUGAAUCUUACGUAUGACUCGAGCGUUCUGGAUAAGUCCCAGUUGAUUGCUUUAUGUCGCCAGUUUGGACAUGUCACAGAGCAGCUUGUGUCCAAGUCCGAACGCACCUUGAGCGAGAUUUCAGUAGCAGGACCCAGCGACCUGAAUCAGGCACUCGAAUGGAAUCAAGAAGUCCCUGAGAUCAUCAACUCGACCAUUCACCAGCUCAUCGAGAAACAAGCCAUCCUACGGCCCCAUGCACCAGCCAUAUGUGCAUGGGAUGGCAAUUUCUCUUAUGAGCAGCUGGACAGCAAAGCAAAUAGAUUAGCGCACUACCUGCUUAGCAGAUUCAGUAUUGAAGCAGAUGAUCUCAUCCACGUCUGCUUUGAGAAGUCAGCCUGGCAUUUUGUCUCAAUCCUAGCUAUUAAUAAAGCAGGGGCUGCAUGGAUACCACUUGAUCCAUCACACCCAGAGCACCAUCACCGACAGAUUGUCCAGCAGACGCAGGCGAAGCUUGUGUUGACGUCUCCCACUAAUGCUUUGAUCUGUGCCGGUCUGUUUAGAGAUGUCGUGCAAGUGACACCCGAAAUGGACUCAGAACUCGCCCUUGACAGCACGAUCUCUGGUCCCCCUGUUUCCAACGCGUCCUCGGGCAGCGCCGCCUACGUCCUAUUCACGUCUGGCAGCACAGGCGUUCCCAAGGGUCUCCUCAUGGAACAUGGAGCUGUGUGCACAAGUCAAACUGCUAUCAGCCGUCGGUUGCGUAUGGGAUCCGACGUGCGAAUACUCCAGUUCGCGGCAUUUGUCUUUGACUUGUCUAUUGGCGAGAUUAUUGCAACUCUGAUCUCCGGUGCUUGUCUCUGUGUGCCAUCUGAAUCUACAAGGAUGAACAGCAUUACUGACUUUAUUCGUGAUAUGAACAUUAAUUGGGCGUUCCUCACACCUGCCUUUGUACGAACCUUACAGCCCAGCAAAGUCCCCAGCCUUGACCUUUUACUUCUGGCUGGCGAGGCCGUUGGGCGUGAUAUCUUCAACACAUGGUUUGGCAAACUACGACUAAUUAAUGGCUGGGGACCUGCUGAAACCUGCUGUUUCAGCACUUUACAUGAAUGGACGUCUCCCUAUGAGUCUCCCCUGACGGUGGGAAGGCCUGUGGGAGGCUUCUGUUGGAUUGUAGAUCCUAAUGACUCUACCCAACUUGCUCCUACAGGCUGUCUGGGAGAAAGUUUCCCAGUUAACCAAGACGACAAUGCUAAUAUGUUCUUGCCGCUGACCUUCGACUUGCAGGAUCAGAUCACGGACUUAAUUGGCACUCUCAACGUCAAGCUACCCGGGUAUAUGAUUCCCACGUUAUUCAUCCCUUGCUGUUCUAUACCCUUCAUCACGUCUACAAAAGUAGAUAGAAGAAAAUUGCGUACUAUGGCAGAGAACCUCGAUCACGCCAACAUGGCAAUGUAUGCCUUGGUCAACAGCAAGAAGCGAGCACCAGAGACUAUAAUGGAGCACAGGCUUCAACAGCUGUGGGCAGAGAUACUAAAUUUGCCAACAGAGUCGAUUGGCCGCGACGACAGCUUCCUACGCAUUGGUGGCGACUCUAUAUCCGCAAUUAGCCUUGUAUCGAUGGCUCGCGACUGCGGGAUUCGAAUUACGGUUAAAGAUAUCUUUGACGACUCGCGAUUGUCCGCCGUGGCUCUUUCUGCCUCCGAAGUGGCGGAAUCAGGAGACGAUGUCUCUGUCAAGGAGAGGUUCAGCCUCAUCCCAGCCAAUAUGACUCUGAACGACAUCAUGCUCGCCGUCCAGAGCCAGAUAGGGCUGGACCUGCCUAUUGAGGAUGCCUACCCUUGCACCGCUCUGCAGGAAGGGCUAAUGGCUCUUGCGGUGAAACAGCCUGGCUCUUAUGUCGCCAAACAUACAUACCGUAUUCCUGACCAUGUUGACAUAGCUCAGUUCAGAGCAGCAUGGGAGCAGACAAUGAGGAUCUGCAGCAACCUCCGUACGCGCAUCGUCUUCGUGAAUGGCUCCUGGAUGCAGGUUGUCGUCAGGGACGAUGUGACAUGGGAAGGCACUGAAGGUCUCGAUCUGCAGGCAACAAUCAGCAAGAUGUGGGAGAUUGAGAUGAAAGAGGCUUCCCGCCUGUGUCAGUAUGCACUGAUUGAAGACGACAAGAAGGGAGCUCAUUUCAUUUGGGCUGUCUACCACGCCGUGUACGAUGGAUGGUCUAUGGGCCUCACUUUGAAGACGCUGGGCCAAGUGUACAGACAGACUGAGAUCUCAACCCUGCAUCCGCAUAGCUCCUUCAUCAGGUACACAGCCGCGCUUGACAGCAAAGCUGCCAGCGAGUUCUGGCAAGAGCAGCUAUUUAGAGUCCAGCGUGCCAAUUGGCCCCGGGACAAGCGGUCGUCUGCGUCGUCUGCUGCUCUGUCCAAGCAAGCAACUCGCCUGUCUGGAAAGACCAUUCAGCUCCCCCGUUCGACCAACUCAUGUAUUACCAAGGCGACAGUGCUACGUGCUGCCUGGGCUCUGGUACUGGCUCGAUACUGCGACACUGAUGAUAUUUGCUUUGGCACCACAAUUUCCGGACGGCAAGCCCCCGUGCCCGGUGUGGAAACAAUAUUAGGCCCUCUGGUGGCGACAGUUCCUGUGAGGAUCAGAUUGGAGCAGGACCGAAAGGUUUCCAGCUUUCUUUCUGACGUUCAAAGCCAGGCAUCUCACAUAAUUGCCUACGAGCAGUUUGGGUUACAGAACAUUGCCAAACUGAGUGCUGACGCCAAAGAUGCCUGUGACUUUUCAAGUCUCCUUGUCAUCCAGCCAGCCCAAGUGUUGACGAACGCUACUAACGGCGCAGAAACGGUCUUGAUGCCUGCUGAUCUACAUGAGCUUUCAUCAACCCACCGCAUGGAAAGCUACUUCAGCUACCCGCUGGUCAUACAGGCUCACGUAUCAGAUAAUCAUGUUGAGUUGCUCACGAUUGACAACUCAGAUGUCAUAACUGAGCCUCAGGUCCAGGCGCUCUCUCAUCAAUUCGACCACAUUGUCCAACAACUUCUGACAGGCGCCCAAGGGACUGUGGGUGAGCUGUCUAUAGCGGCCGAGUGGGAUUUCCAGCAAGCGACUGCAUUCAACACUGAAAAUCCUGAAAUCAUUGACUCAACUGUGCACCAGCUCAUCGGACGACAAGUGGAGAUUCGACCUAAUGCACCAGCUAUACGAGCCUGGGAUGGAGUGCUCACUUACCAUGAGUUUAAUGCUGCUGCAAACAGGCUUACACAUUACCUUGUCAAUAACUACACCAUUCAUACAGAUGAGCUCAUUCAUGUCUGUUUUGAAAAAUCUGUAUGGUUCUUUAUUGCUAUUCUUGCUAUUAAUAAGGCUGGUGCAGCUUGGGUUCCUCUUGAUCCAUCUCACCCUGAGCAGCGCCACCAAGAGGUGGUUCAACAAACACAGGCAAGGCUUGCUUUGAGCUCGCCAUCUAACGCUAAUAUCUGUGCCAGGGUGGGGCUUCAGGUACUCCUAGUCACGCCUGAGCUUGACUUGAGCUUGAAAAGCCAGUUUCCAGAAUCAAGCCUCAGCCCUCCUGCGCAGGGUGCCAUUUCACCAAGCAAUGCAGCCUACGUCCUCUUUACUUCUGGCAGCACUGGUACACCAAAGGGCCUUGUAAUGGAACACCGAUCAGUGUGUACUAGUCAAACAGCCAUUAGCCAGAGACUCCGCCUAACACCACAUGUCCGAAUGUUGCAGUUUGCUUCAUUUGUGUUUGACCUGUGCAUUGGUGAGAUCAUUGCGCCUCUAAUCUCUGGCGCCUGUCUUUGUGUGCCUUCAGAGCACAUCAGGAUGAACAGCUUGAAGGAGUUUAUCUGGGAUGAAAAGAUAAAUUGGGCUUUCCUUACGCCUUCAUUCGUACAGCAAACAUUAAAACCAGAGGAUGUGCCAACCCUCGAGCUCCUCUUGUUAGCUGGUGAACCUGUGAGAAACAACAUCCUGGACACAUGGUUUGGUAAGGUGCGUUUAGUGAAUGGAUGGGGCCCUGCAGAGACAUGCUGCUUUAGUACACUGCAUGAGUGGCAGUCUAUUACAGAGUCUCCAUUAACAGUUGGUCGACCUGUUGGUGGUUUCUGUUGGAUUGUGGAUCCUAAUGACCCUAGCCGACUCGCCCCCACGGGCUGCAUUGGAGAAGUCAUGAUUCAAGGACCUACAAUACUACGAGGAUAUCUUGACAGCCCUAAGCAGACUGAGCAGCAUAUAGUAACAACUCUCCCUACAUGGGCCCCACACCAGUCAUCUCCCUACUGGAGCCGGUUCUAUAAGUCAGGAGAUCUCUGCUCCUAUAAUGCUGAUGGGACUAUUGAGUUUUCCAGCCGCAAGGACACACAGGUCAAAAUCCGCGGGCUCCGCGUGGAACUGAAUGAAAUUGAGCAUCAUACCCUUUCAAGCCUUGAAGGGGUACGGCAAGUGGCCGUGGAUACCUUUAAUACGGAAAAUGGCCUCGGACUCGCGUCCUAUUUCUGUGUCGACAUGAGCGCAGAAGCUGUAAGCAGUGAUGCUGCGGGCGGAUCUGCCAGCAACAGCGUCUUUCUAUCGCUGACAACCGAGCUGGAAACCCGAAUCGCUAGUAUGGUCAGCCAGCUAAGCGUUAAGCUGCCUAGAUACAUGAUCCCGACUCUUUUCAUCCCGUGUCGCCGCAUGCCAUUCAUCACAUCAACCAAGCUGGAUAGAAAAGAGCUACGUCGCCUGACAAGCAUGCUGACGACUGAUGAGAUCGCCAGAUUCUCACUUGCUGAAAGCAUUAAACGAAAGCCUGAAACUGAAAUGGAAGUACAGCUACAACAGCUUUGUGCCAAUAUACUCAAUAUCUCUACAGAUGCAAUUGGUAGAGACGAUAGCUUUCUGCGCAUCGGGGGUGACUCAAUCUCUGCAAUUCGCCUUGUUUCCGACGCCCGAGAGGUUGGCAUCAGAUUAACCGUCAAAGACAUCUUCGAUGACCCACGACUGUCAGCUAUGGCUAUAAAAGCAUCUGAAGCCGGAACAGGCCGUAGCGAGUGGGACUCGGCGACGUCUACGAUUGCUCCAUUUAGUCUCCUUGACAUACCUGUUCGCGAAAGCGUUCAGUCCCAAUCUGAAGGCAUGCCCCAGGUCACUGGCGAGCUGAAGGGCAGCAGGACACUUCGCACAACCAUCCGGGACGAAUGUGGUCUCGAUAAGGACCAGAUCAUCGAAGAUGCUUAUCCCUGCACCAAACUUCAAGAGGGCUUCAUGGCUCUGGCGAUCAAGCAGCCAGGGUCUUAUAUUGCUCGGUACGCGUACCAGCUUCCUGACCAGGUCAAUUUGCUCCGGUUCAAGGAUGCCUGGGAGCAAACCAUUCUCGCCAGUAGUAACCUACGCACGCGCAUUGUGUUUGUUGAGGGUUCAGCAAUCCAGGUUGUCAUCAAAGAUGACGUGCACUGGGACUCAGCAGGCAAUGCAGAUCUGGCAUCUGUUGUUGAUACCAUGAGAGAUGUGAAGAUGGCCAGUGGCUGCCGGCUCUGCCGUUAUUCCCUGGCAACAGGGAAGGAUGGGCGCCAUUAUUUCUUCCUGGUUGUCCACCAUGCCAUCUAUGACGGGUGGACAGUGCGUCUUAUUAUGGAGAUGUUGCACUCUGCCUAUUAUGGUCUUGAUAUCAAGCCUCUGCGACCAUACUCGGUAUUCAUGAAUUACAUCAAGCAACUGGAUAACGAGGCUAUGAGCACCUACCGGAAAUCACAGCUUCAGGGUGUCACAGCAGCUAGCUUCCCGCAGAUUGACAACAGCCCUUCAUCAACACAAGGCAAUAUCAAGAGUGUCACUCGAUCUGCGAAGAAGAUCAUCAGCUUCCCUGAAUUAACUGGUUCUUCUGUAACCAAAGCAACCAUCUUCCGCGCUGCUUGGGCAGUCGUGCUGUCUAGUUACUGCGAUACAGAUGAUAUCUGUUUUGGAACAUCCAUUUCAGGUCGCCAUGCCCCUGUUGCAGGUGUGGAGAGAAUUGCAGGCCCAGCAGUCGCAACUGUGCCUGUUAGGAUUCAACUUGACCGACAGCAGAGCAUCCAAGAAUUCCUUUCCAAGGUCCAGAAACAAGCGUCUGACAUGGUUGCAUACGAGCACUUCGGCAUACAAAAUAUUUCAAAGCUCAGCAAAGAGGCCGGGGAAGCAUGUAACUUCUCAAGUUUGCUGGUUAUCCAGCCCAUUAAACAGCUGGUCUACUCUAAUGACACUACCGGAUUACUCCUAGUAUCUGUGAAUGCGGAACACUUCGGGGCGGACGAGAUGGUAGAUGGUUAUUUCAACUACCCGCUCAUCGUGCAAGGGCACAUGUAUGAAGACCAGAUGGGACUGGUCAUGAUCUAUGACUCUCGUUAUCUGUCUGAGUUGCAGGUCACUGCGCUUUCUCAUCAAAUUGACCACGUCGUUCAGCAACUGCUGAAGCAGGACAAUAAGACGCUACUUGCACAGGUUUCGGUAGCUGGCCCUUGGGACCUUCAACAAGCAUUUGACCGCAACCAGGAAGAGCCUGAGAUUGUGGAUGCCUGCGUUCACCAACUUAUUGAAGAGCAAGGAAGAAUCCGACCAGAUGCGCCAGCCGUACGUGCUUGGGAUGGCAACCUCACGUACAGGCAACUCAACUGUGCUGCGAAUCGCCUAGCCCACUAUCUGACUGCCAGCUUUGGUGUGGUUCCCGACGACUUGAUACACGUGUGCUUUGAGAAAUCUGUGUGGUUCUUUAUCUCAAUCUUAGCUAUCAAUAAAGCUGGCCCAGCCUGGGUUCCUCUUGACCCAUCCCAUCCAAGGCAGUAUCACAAGCAGGUCAUUCAACAAACAAAGGCGAAGCUCGCCUUAACAUCAUCUUUGAACGCUGAUAUCUGUGUUGGUCUGGUACCCCGGGUGAUCCAGGUGACGCCAGAACUCGAUACCCGUCUAACUCACUACGGUGAGUCAGGCUUUUCCACCAACCUCAAUGUUGAGAGUCUUAAUCCACCGGCUUGUGGCGUCUCUCCUCGCAAUGCCGCAUACGUGCUUUUUACCUCCGGUACCACAGGGACCCCUAAAGGGCUUGUGAUGGAGCAUGGAUCCGUCUGUACAAGUCAGACGGCUAUCAACAAGCGAGUGGGAGGAUCAUCCGAAUCAUCUGAUAGACGCAUGUUACAAUUCGCGUCAUAUGUAUUCGAUGCUUGUAUCGGUGAAACCAUCAGCACUUUAAUUGCUGGUGGCUGUCUUUGCGUUCCCUCCGAUGAGACCCGAAUAAAUAACAUCACGGAGUUCAUUCGCGAACAAGACAUUAAUUGGGCGCUACUUACACCAUCUUUUAUUCGUACUGUGAAACCAGAACAGGUCCCUUCCCUAAAAGUCUUAAUGCUUGCAGGCGAAGCAGUUGGUCGCGAUAUUCUUGAUACUUGGUUUGGCAAGGUCCGUCUCAUCAAUGGAUGGGGGCCUGCAGAGACUUGUGUAUUCAGUACAAUACAUGAGUGGCAGUCCAUUGAUGAAUCCCCAUUGACGGUUGGCCGGCCUGUUGGCGGCUUCUGUUGGAUAGUGGACCCUAGAGACCCCAAGCAGCUCACACCUAUUGGAGCUGUAGGGGAGGUGGUCAUUCAGGGUCCAACUGUCUUACGGGAAUAUCUUGCUAACCCUGAACAAACCCAACAGCUGAAGGUGCUGAAUCUUCCUGAAUGGGCCCCUCGGCGUUUAUCUCCUCACUGGAAUUGCUUUUAUAAGUCUGGGGACCUGGCUUCAUACAAUGCAGACGGCACCAUUGAGUUCUUAAGCCGAAAGGAUACACAAAUUAAAAUCCGUGGCCUCCGUGUUGAACUGAGUGAAGUCGAACACCAUGUCCGCAUGAGCUUGGAAGGUGUCCAACAGGUGGCGGUGGAUGUAUUCAGGAGAACCGGCGGAGAGAAUGGCAUAAGCCUGGUUGCUUAUCUCUGUUUCAACCAGACCACCUGGAUAGCUAAUAAAGACGAGACAGAGACAGGCAGCAUAUUCAUGCCGUUCACUGCUGACAUGGAGGAACGCGUUGUGGCCAUGCUGGGAGACCUCAACAUCAAGCUGCCUCGUUAUAUGGUACCCACACUUUUCGUGCCUUGUCGCUACAUGCCAUUCAUUACUUCGACUAAGUUAGACAGAAGGAAGCUUCGUGGUCUAACAGAGAGCCUCAGCAAGGAAGAAAUAGCUGUAUAUUCACUUGUGGAUACUAAAAAGCGCCCGCCGGAAACACCCAUGGAGUAUCGGCUUCAGGGCUUAUGGGCAGAGACCCUAGGUAUCGCAGCAACAGAGAAAAUCGGACGUGAUGACAGCUUCCUCCGUCUUGGAGGUGAUUCAAUUACUGCCAUUACCCUUGUCUCUAAAGCUCGCGAUUCCGGCAUCCGCUUGACGGUCAAAGAUAUUUUCGACGACCCGCGACUAUCAGCUGUUGCAGCAGCGGCUUCGGAGGUUGGUGAUUCUGCAGACGCUCCUGUCGAAUCGGAACCGUUCAGCUUAUUGCCGGAGAGUGUCAAGUUCGACGAUAUUGAGUUGCAAAUUCGGCAAGAAUGCAACCUACUGGACAACCAAAUCAUUGCGGACGCCUACCCAUGCUCUGGACUCCAGGAAGGCUUCAUGGCACUUGCAGUCAAGCAGCCAGGCUCUUACAUAGCCAAAUAUAUAUACCGCAUUCCUGAAUAUGUGGACAUUGGACGAUUCAAGGAUGCAUGGGAACAGACAGUCAGGCUUUGCAGCAACUUGCGCACACGAAUUCUCUUUCUUAAUGGGUCUGCCAUCCAAGUUGUAGUCAAAGAUGACAUUUACUGGGACACCACUGCUGAUACAGACCUGGCUUCUGCUCUUGACAAUGCACGCAAUAUAAGCAUGACUAUCGGCUCCAGGCUCUGUCAAUACUCUCUUGGCACGGCACCCGACGGAUCAGUCUAUUUCAUCUGGACUGCCCACCAUGCUAUUUACGAUGGGUGGACUAGACGUAUUAUCAUGGAAACGCUGCACCAGCUCUACCAUGGUAGCAAGGUUCCGGCACUACAGCCGUAUGUCAAUUUCAUACAAUAUGUCAAGAGUCUUGACCACCAGGCCAGCAGUGACUACUGGGCGACAGAGCUGCAGGGCGCCACAUGUGCCAGCUUUCCAGGCUAUGGUCCUCAGCAAGAGGCGAGUGCGGACAGCUCAGUCACACGAUCUGUGGUGAGAACGAUAGCAUUCCCUCCAUCAACCCAGUCCUCAGUUACAAAGGCGACGAUUCUCCGCGCAGCAUGGGCUGUGGUUCUAUCACGGUAUUGCGAUAGCGAUGACAUCUGUUUUGGAACCUCGAUUUCUGGCCGUCAAGCUCCUGUCUAUGGGGUAGAGAGAAUAACAGGCCCGGCAGUGGCAACAGUACCUGUCAGAGUCCGCUUUGACGGCCAGAGCACAGUGUCAACGUUCCUUCAGAAUAUGCAGAGCCAGGCCUCAGACAUGGUCAAGCAUAAGCAGUUUGGAUUACAAAACAUUAUCAAACUCAGCCCUGAAGCUAAAGAGGUCUGCAACUUCUCUAGCUUACUGGUCAUCCAACCAGCACAAAUAGUGGCCCUCGCGAAUGAGAAUGAUACUGAUAUGAUACUGGUGAACGACAACACCGCGCAUUUCUCUUCCGAUGAGAUGGUUGAGGGGUACUUCAACUACCCAUUGAUUGUCCAGGGCCACGUAUCAGCCAACAAGGUCAAACUCAUCAUCAUAUACGACUCCAAUGUUCUACCAGAGGGCCGAGUCGAGGCGUUAUCGCAGCAUUUUGAGCAUGUUGUGGAUCAGCUCCUCCACCAAGAGGACAAGUGUCUUGCUGAAGUGUCCGUGGCUGGUCCAUGGGAUCUCCAGCAGGCAAUGGGUUGGAAUCAUGAAUCUCCAGAAAUCAUAGACACCUGUGUCCACCAAUUCAUUGAGCGGCAUGCCAUGCUGCAACCCAACGCAUCAGCAAUAUGCGCAUGGGAUGGGGAAUUGACCUACAGCGAGUUCAACGCAGCAGCUAACAGGCUGGCUAACCAUUUGGUUGAUAAUUUCGCGCUCAAAUCAGAUGAACUCGUCCAUGUUUGCUUUGAGAAAUCAGUCUGGUUCUUUGUUUCAAUCCUAGCUAUUAAUAAAGCCGGUGGAGCCUGGGUGCCUCUAGAUCCAUCACAUCCAGAGAAGAGGCAGCAGCAGGUGGUUGAGCAGACAAGAGCCAGAAUUGCUCUGACAUCCCCUACCACAAUGUCUAUCUGCAACAACCUCGUGGCGGACGUCCUGGUCGUGACACCUGACCUUGAUGCACAGCUCAGUCAGAUCACAGCCUUCAACAAACCAUUGCCCUUCCAGUUGUCUCCGCGGAACGCUUCAUACGUCCUGUUCACCUCUGGCAGUACUGGGACUCCCAAAGGCCUAGUAAUGGAACAUGGUUCCGUUUGCACCAGUCAAAGAGCCAUUGGUAAACGACUCGGGAUAUCAUCAGACAUACGGAUGUUGCAGUUUUCUUCGUAUGUAUUCGAUGCUUGCAUUGGAGAAGCCAUUGGUACAUUGAUUGCAGGGGGCUGUCUUUGUGUGCCAUCUGAAGAAAUACGAAUGAACAGCAUCCGGGAGUUCAUUCAUGAUUAUAAUGUCAGCUGGGCUCUGCUUACACCCUCUUUCAUCCAAACGCUCAAGCCUGAAGAUGUGCCUAGUCUUGAGGUUCUUAUGCUUGCAGGGGAAGCCGUCAGCCGUGAUAUCCUGAAUAAGUGGUUUGGGAAAGUCCGUCUGAUCAAUGGCUGGGGCCCAGCGGAAACCUGCGUGUUCAGCACUAUGCAUGAAUGGAACUCAAUUGACGAAUCUCCCCUGACAGUUGGCCGCCCUGUGGGAGGACUGUGUUGGAUUGUGAACCCGACAAACCCCCGAGAACUAGCCCCCAUCGGCUGUGUUGGCGAGGUAGUGAUCCAGGGUCCUACCAUCAUGCGUGAAUAUCUUGCAAACAACGACCAAACAGAGGAAAGCAUCGUUCGCGACCUCGAGCUUCCGGACUGGGCUCCCCGUUGUAAAGCAUUCCCGUGGAACAGGUUCUACAAAUCAGGCGAUUUGGCCUCGUAUAACUCUGACGGAACCAUUGAGUUCUCCAGUCGCAAAGAUACACAGACUAAAAUCCGGGGUUUCCGGGUGGAGUUGAGUGAGAUAGAGCAUCACAUUCGCGCCAGCCUGGACGGUGUCAAACAGGUCGCCGUGGACGUCCUGAAGAGAGAAGGUGGUUUGAGCCUGGUGUCUUACUUGUGCUUCAACAACACCAGCCGAAUUGCCAGUAAAAUAGUAAGGCCGCGGACUUUAUUAAACACCUUAAAGCUGACAACACAGGCCGCCUGGCAGCCACCCCUACAGAGAUUAUCUAUGCAGGCUGGCUGUAUAGCCAGCAGAAGGUAG